AUGGAGGAUGACCAUGAAAAGGACCAUAUUCAGUCAAGUGAGAGACCAAAAUCGAAAGGGAGUGUAGGUAGUCCCCGGGUGAAUGAUUUGUUGAAAGGGAUGAAAGUUGACUUUUCAUCAUUGAACAGUAAAGUGAACUCUCACACAGAUGCAAUCAAGAUACUUGAAGGUCAGUUGAGUUUACUUUCAGCACAAUUGAAACCAAAAUUCACAAUGGAAGAUAAUGAUAGAGGGCUGGCUGUGAUUACUCGUAGUGGAAAGGUAGAAAUAGGCGAUGUGACAGGCAACGAAGAAGCUCAAAUGCAUGAAGAAGACAAAGUUAUGGAGGAAGAAGAGACACCUAUUCAUCAAAGGAUUGCCAAAGAACCACAAAAAGAUGUGGAGAAACACAAUCCAAUCCCAAAAGUUAUGCAACCUUUACCCAAAAUAUCUCCUCCAUUUCCCCAACGUCUCAAGAAGAAGAAGAAGAAUGAGGAUGAGAAGUUCAAGAAAUUUUUAUUGGUGUUCAAGACAUUAUCAAUUAAUCUCCCUCUAGUGGAAGCAUUACUGGAAAUGCCGGGUUACGCCAAGUUUAUGAAGGAGUUAGUCACAAAGAAAAAGAGCUUGGAUUUUGAGACAAUCGAAGUUUUUCAUAGUUGUAAUGCAAUUAUGACUAAGGAGCUGAUCAAAAAGAGAGAAGAUCCAGGAUCAUUCACCAUUCCUUGCACCAUCAGCAUUCUCCAAUUUGCUAAAGCCCUUUGCGAUUUGGGAGCAAGCAUCAACCUAAUGCCAUGUACAAUCUAUAAACAACUUGGGUUAGGUGAACCGAAAGCCACAACAAUGAGACUCUUAAUGGCGGACCGAUCAAUUAAACAUCUUGUGGGGAUACUAUAUGACAUCUUGUUAAUGGUUGACCGGUUCAUUUUCCCUGCUGAUUUUGUCAUUAUUGAUUGUGAAAUAGAUGCUGAAAUUCCCAUCAGUUUAGGAAGACCAUUCUUGGCAAUCGGGAGAGCAUUGGUGGAUAUGGAAAGCAGAGAACGGAAGUUUUGGGAGAACGAAGAUGAAGUAACCUUUAAUGUUUAUAAAUCAAUGAAACACCCGAGUGAUAUUCACGUGGUCUCCGUUGUUGAUGUUAUUGAUGAGGUUGUGGCUAGUGUGAGCCAUUUGAUGUGUAUGAGUGAACCAGUUGAAGUUGUGCUCGCUAACUAUAAUAAAUUCAAAAUUCAAGGCUAA